UAAAUGACGCAGGCUGCAGAGGGACCCUCGAGAAUGGCAGACUUGUGUUUCAUUUUGACAAUUAAGACCACAUAUGUGGUACCACUCUGAUGAGCAACAGCACUCACUUCAUCUACCAAAACUCAAUUCAGUGUACUCCGAGAAACACUGAGCAGAGCGUCAUUACGAGAGAGCGAUGGAUGAACAUUACAUUUUCUUGUGUGUACCCUCUGAUCCAGAACCUAUCUAUGAGCAGUGUUAUCCAAGCUGAAGGAAGUGAGAUAAGUGAGGAGCCUCCUGCUGGCCAAGGCACAUACCAGAUACGCAUGAUUCCCUACCAUGAUGCACAGUUUACUAGCCCAUAUGAUGGGGAGGUGGAAAUACAGGUGGACCAGCAGAUGUAUGUGGCGGUUGAUGUGGAAGGAGUGGAUCGCAAUCAAAUCGCAACAGUUCUGGACAACUGCUGGGCCACACCGGUUAAUGAUAUUGACUACCAUCUGCGCAGGAAUCUAAUUAUACGAGAAUGCCCGAACCCUGAAGAUGGCACAGUGGAAGUUCUUCAGAAUGGUAUUGAUACUACGAGCCUCUUCUCCUUCAGGAUUUUAACCUUCCCAGGAAUCUCUGACCACGUCUUUCUGCACUGUGAGGUUCAUCUUUGCCUUGUACAGAGUGGCAGAUGUGCAACGUCAUGUGACCAUGGAUACAGACGUAGAAGGCGCAGAUCUCUGGACUUCCACCACUCGGCAGCGAUCACCGUGGGUCUCAUGAGGGGUCCCAGUAACCCUGCUGAAUGAAAGAACCUGCAUUUAUCAUCAAAAUCUUCAAAAAUGACAUUGAAAUAUCAUUUGAAAGCACUUCCUUGUCUUGAAACAACUACAUUUAAAACAGAGACACAACACUUAUAAAAACUAACUGCUAGGUGAAAAAGAUGGAAAAACAAUUGAAUUGAACCCAGGCUUUACAAAUUAAUUUAUGUUUUUCUGUGCAUUAUUUCAAAUAGUAUCUUUGUAAUAACUCUCUGUAUGUAUUGUUUUAUUGCUAUAGAAAAAGUGUUUUUGAAACAGUAUAUACAAAACUAAAUUCUUUGUUGGGUGGAUAUAACUAAAAUUUACUACUUAUGGAAUUAAAUUAGAGAAUAACUUUGUCUGUCUUUCUGCUUGUUGAAGGAGUAAUCUUGGAACACAA